UCAGCAGGUGAAGAAUCACAGCCUCGUUUUUUAAAAGUUCAGAUUUCAUUUAGAAAACAGGGAGCAGAAGUUUCCUUUAUUUUUCUUCUUCAAAAGACUUUUGGUGCAAAUCAGAGAAAAGAAGCCCCCUGUGAGCCAACAAUGCUUCAUUUGGACAGGGGAAGGGGGGUUUGCUGAAUGCAAAGUUUACCACAUCCUGUUAGGGUUUUUCUGGUAUUUUCAGUUUCAUUUGCGUGAUGAACUCUGCCUGAAUCCUCCGUGUCUCUGCAUCCGUGUGGAAGUAAAAGCCGGCUGAGUGAGAGUCCUGUCAGGAACACGGAGCGUCCUCUUUCUGCAGCAGCAGGAAACAUGCAGGCUUUCAGCCGCAGUCGGAAGAUGUUGCUGCACGUCUGCUUCAUGCUUUCAGUUUGCUGCGGUGGUUUUCCAGCCGCCGAGGCCGAGUUCUCCCUGCUGCAGCCUGCGGUGGUCGCCGGCCCGGGGCCACAGCGUCCUGCUGCCCUGCCAGCUGCAGGACUCCCAGCAGGAGAAGCUCCUCAACCGGCCCGUCCUGUACUGGGAGGUCGAUGGGAAACAGCUCCAGUUUAACGAGAACAAAACCUCCUCCAGUUCCAACAAAUCUAUUGAGCUGAAGGAGGUGCGGUGGUCCGACGGCGGGACGUACGAGUGCAAACUGUCCAUGAGAACCGACAAGAGGGGAAGCUUCAGACUGAAGGGAAACAGAACCAGGCUCAUCGUCCACGAUACCAUGACCUUUGACCUCUGCAGCCGCAAUGAUUCCCUGCUGCGCUGCGAGGUCAACGUCGCAGGAUCCGGGUUUGACUCUGACUCUGACCAGAAACGGCUGCGUGGUGCAGAGCUCCGCCCCCUCAGAGCGCAGGGCCGCCAAGGACCCCGCCAAUGACCCCGCCAAUGACCCCGCCAAUGACCCCGCCAACGACCCCGCCAACGACCCCGCCAACGACCCCGCCAACGACCCCACCAAGAACCCCGCCACUCUGGCGGCCGCCGUCCCUGUGACGGGCAGCGGGCAGUACGUCUGUCAACUGAAGCUGCACGACGUCCUGAUAACCAGCAGCAACUUCCACAGACAGCAGGCGGGUGAGCGGCGCCGGUACCCGGAGCCGUGGCUCCUCUACGCGGGCCUCCUGCUGGUUCCGGCCCUGGUCCUGCUGGUCUUGGCGGCGGCCGUGCUGAUGUGCAGAUGAGCUCUCCGGUCCUCCAGGUGGCCCGGUUCUACUGGGCCACACGCAGCUCUUCAGCUGGGAUUCGCGUCCCCUCGUGUCCAUGACAACCAGAGGACCAGAACCGGUUUGAAUCCCGGCCCACUCGUCUCGGUUCCUCUUCCUCUGAACUCCAGUUCUAGUUUCUAUGAAACUAUUAGAUUAAAUUUGUCAUUAAAAACUUUAAAAAUUGAAACUUUUCUGGCUUCAUUUCAAACAUUCUGGUUGGUUUUAUGGUUUUUGAUCAUUUUUUUAUUGAAUUCAUUUUGUUUUGACCAAAAACAUGGCUAAAUUUGUAUUUUUGUGUAUUUGUUAUUUUUGUUAUUUUUUUCUUGAAAUGUGCAGCACAGUCAAAGUUUUAGAUACUGGAGCUCCAGUCGGGUGUCUGCCUGUUGCAUUGCAUGAACUUUAUUGUGUUAUUGGGUGAAACGGCUCCAUUUCUGUCUCGUCUGACCUUUGAACUCCAGAAAAGGCCAUAAAAAACCAAUAGAUUUUAUUUUGACUGUUUUUUCCUUGUUGUUAUUGGUGAAGAGAUGCCUGUUUUAUUCCCUAAUAGAAUAAAACUUCCUGUUUGAUUGAAGCAUCUAGAAAUCUGGCCAUUUUCAUUUCAUCUGGAGAAAUGUUCCCUGAAAUUGUUUGUGAAGUUACACUGUAAAAUAUGAACUGCGAUAGUUUUGGUUUAUGUCAUAAAGACAAAAUUUAGUUUUCAAACUAACUUUUUAAUUUGUGAAUUAAACAUUUUCUUCAAAAUGUAGACAGCUAUAAAUAUGACUUUGACAA